AUGAAUUGGUUCUUCACCUUUAAACUCUAUCAUGGGUUUGGAGAUGCUUGGAAAAUUGGCUUAGCAAUAAAGGAAAAGUCGGCAGCAUCAUCCCGUGAAGAAGAUUUCUCGCAACGGAGAAAUGACCAACACUCUUCAGGAAGAGGAUCAUCAUUUGUGCAGAGGGACUCUAGAGCACGCCAGAUUAGUCCUGACCCAUCUUAUCCUGACAAAUCCACGAGUGAUAAAAAUGAGGAACCCAGUGAGGUCUUAUGGAUUGGAUUUCCGGCUUUAUUGAAGGUGGAUGAAUUGAUUUUAAGAAAGGCCUUUUCACCAUUUGGUGAGAUCGAGAAGAUUUCAGCAUUUCCUGGCCGUACCUAUGCGUUUGUCCGGUUCAAAAAUGUAAUGGCAGCCUGCAGGGCUAAAGAAACUCUUCAAGGGAAAUUAUUUGGCAAUCCUCGUGUACGUAUUUGUUUUGCAAAGAGUGAAUCAGGAACAUCCAGCAGCGGAAGAAACUCAUCGAAUGCCCCACCCUCCCCACAUUUCAGGUCACAUGAACGGCUGGGAUCUUCUGAGAACUUUGGACGGGAUAGAGACUUUGGUAAUUUAAGUGGAGAUCCAAGCAUGAGACCUCUUUUUAUCCCAAAUAUGGAACCUGGUGAUCCUGAUGUCAUGAGUUUAAAAAGGAAAGGUAACUUGUGGGUGGGGGGAAAUGGUGCAUUUGAACAAAGGAGGUUCCAAGAACUGGAUUCUGAUCUAGGAAUACCAGGUAUUAUGUAUGAGCGUCGCAGCAGUCCUCCAGGAGACAGAGGUACUCACUUCCAGGAUUUUUCUCCUCAACAAUUUCCUCGAAAAGGGCCAUUCGAUGAUGACCCUUGGGACUUGCCAGAAGAUGCAUUGCUCUUUCGUGGAACUAAAAAACUAAAGACCAGCUCAUUUCCUCCUGAGAACGAGCUUCCAGAGUAUCCUUUCAAUGAUUCAGAACAAGUGAAACAUGUUCUUCCUAGGAUAUACCCUGAUUUUCCCCAGCCUGAGGCCCUUGAUAAGAACUUUGAUUCUGGACCAUUUUGUUAUAAGCAGAUCACUGACCGCGCUAUGAAUUUAACCCAGCCUUAUGGGGAGAGGAGUGAUCACUGGAAUGCAUCCUAUGACGGUGUUCAUGGGGUUUCUGUUUCACUGCGUUCAAAUCCCACUGAGCGGAAAAGAUUGACGCCUGAAUCACGUCAGCCCUCUUUGGGUGAAGAGUGGAAAUGGGAAGGGACUAUAGCAAAGGGGGGAACUGCUAUCUGUCGUGCUCGUUGCUUUCCUGUUGGAAAAACACUGGACAUGAAUUUCCCUGAAUUCUUAGAUUGCACUGCAAGGACUAGUCUAGACAUGCUGGCAAAACAUUAUUAUCAAGCAGCUAGUGCUUGGGUGGUAUUCUUCGUUCCUGCAGAUGAUCCUGAUAUUGUAUUUUACAAUGAAUUCUUAAAUUAUCUGGGUGAGAAGCAGCGAGCAGCGGUGGCUAAAUUGGAUGAGAAGACCACCCUGUUUCUUGUACCUCCUUCAGAAUUCUCAGAGAAAGUGCUGAAGGUACCAGGAAAACUGAGCGUCUCUGGUGUUGUUUUAAGGUUAGAGCAUCCUGCUUCAGAUUCUGGGCCUCCUCAUCAUCCACAUGAGAAAAAGGAUACCAAUUUCAGGCCUUUCAAUGGGGAUCCCCAUUACCCAACAUCACCUCCAGGACCUUAUUCGUCAGUGCCAGCUUUUCCAAAUAUCGAGAAACCCGUGCAAAAAAAUACGUCUUUUCACGGGAAUUCGGUAACAGUAGCUCCACCUGUGUCGGUUUCAGGCUCUACUCGGACUAUUGGAAAUAUGCGAGAUGCAUUUGAUGAAAACCGGCAUGAAUAUACGCUCAAUCAGCGGAACCCAUCACUUGGACAAAACUGGUCUCUUCAUGGUCUGCAGAACUCGAACUCUGGUACUAGAAGUACUACAUCACAAGCUUCCAGUAGUGCUGGUAAUCCCAUCGUGCAGGGAUAUAACUUAGUCAUGCCUAGGGCUGUGCAGGAAUCAAGUUCAAGUAAUUAUUCACCUGAAAUGUCACGGGUUCAAUUCGGUGGAAGUAGCAAGCUGUCCCUACAAGAAUCCAAGGCUCCAGUUUCGUCAUCUAUGCCCAAUGCAGCCCUUCAAGCAGAACAGCUUGCACAGUUGGCUUCUUCUCUUCUUGGGCAACAGCAGAGGCAACCAAGGGGGAUGUUGAUGGGGGAAGAUUUUAGGCAAUCAAGCAAUCUGCAUCAGUCUGAGAACACUUACACACCAUCGCAGAUAUAUGCCGUACCCCAUAAUCAGGUAUCUUCUGAGCUUUCAUCGUCAUAUUUUGAUCAAGGACAGCAAUUGCAGCUGCAUCAGACCCCGAACGUGCCAACCGCAUCUCAAAGGGAGCUUCAGACCGGUGCUCAACUGAAUCAGCAGCCCCAAAGUAGCGGUACCCAAGAGGAAGUUGAAGCGGAUCCACAAAAACGCCUCCAAGCAACAUUGCAGCUAGCAGCGGCUCUUCUUCAGCAAAUCCAACAAGGGAAAGGGACUUGAUCAGUGAAUGUAUGAAGGGUAACGAAAAUGAUGUUUUCGAGUUUUCAAUCUGGAGAAUGCUAUUUCCUGACUAUAUAAUACUUCGGCCUGUUUAAUGCACCUUGGCUUCAGUAAAGAAAAGUGAACUAGCCAGUCUUGAUGGCAACUUCAGUUAUGUCUUAAAUUUUUCCUUAAUCUUCUCCCUACACAGUUACAGUUUUUG